GCAGUUUCAAAGGACUUGCUCUCAUUCCUGCAUCCUACAACUGGCAGAUUUGUGAAUUCAGAAGAGGAGUAGAGAUUAAAAAUGUCAAAAAUUACUACAGAGCUUCUUUUGGAAAGAGCAGUUCCAAGAUCUACUAGGCUGCGAAAGAUUGAGACGCUGAACCUAUCCAAGCUGCAGCUGAAGACUGGAGACUUAGACCCACGGUUGUUUUCCCGUCUGAGACAUCUGCAGAAACUUGAUCUCUCUGAUAACUUAUUGGAUAAAUUUCCCAACAGUCUAACCCUGCCUGAUCUGCGUGUCCUAAACUGCAACAACAACCAACUGGAAGAUGUAACUGCUCUGAAACAGUUCCCCCUGCUUGAGGAGCUAACCUAUGAGAACAAUGUGUAUUUGACACCUAAUGAUGACUACAAGGUGAUGUUUCUUUUGCAAAAUCUCCGGCUACUCAAUGGCAAGGAUAUAACCAAACUGGCUAAUCAUGUGAGGCAUGUCAAUAGUCGUAAGCUCACCAGCAAGGUUACUGCUCACUGGGAAAAAUUCUUCCGUGACCAACUUCCUGAGAAGUAUACAGCUGAGCACGUGAAGUCCAUCAAGAAAAAAUUCCUGAAGUCAGUACAAACCCAUGUAGUAUAUGGACCCAGCUCACUCAGCGAAUUCACCCGCUGGCGGGUGAAAAUGAUUGCAGAAGAGUUUCUGGCAUCCUCAUUGGGUCUGGAAGAAAAUACAGAUCCUGAACCUGAGGAAGAGAUAGGUGAGAAUGAGGAAGAAAGUACAGAAAGCCCCAGGGAAGUUGCGGAGGACGUUGGUCAGGUCACAGUUACCCCCAGCAAGAGGAAAAGAAAUCAUGCAACACCAAGCUCAGGAAACAAGAGAUCCAAGUCCCAGGCAAACACCGAGGAGGAGGCUGCGCUUAGUCCCAGAAAGUCCAGUCACUUGCAGGAUGACCCAGCUCCUGAUAAACCAAGAGCAUCAAACCAGCAAGCCAAAGAGGCAACCCCUGAAAAGGGAGCUGAAGGGACACAUAGGAACGGAGAGCAGUUUCCCAAGGGGCAAAACAACAGAAGAUCCAGCCAGCUGACAGGGGAACAAAAAAGCCAGGAGCAGGACAAUGGGGUUGUUAACUUGACCCCAGUAAAGAACUUCAAGGGCAAGGAGGAUGUCAGUGCAGAGCCAUUACAUUUUCUUCAGUGUCACAGUAAAGGCAACAGCCGCGAGGAUUUUAAAACGCAGCUCUGGUCCUGUGUCUUCGAGCCAUUGCUAGACUGUGGAGCCAGGAAAGAUCCCAUUGUGAGCUCCUCUAGAACUGUGGCAACCUGUGGAGGGGAGUCUGUGUGUCUGAUUGAUUGUGAGACUGGGAUGGUGCUAAAAAAGUAUAAAGUGGCUACAGAGGAGUUUUUCAGCGUUGCAUGGACAACUCUCACAAUGGUAAUCAGCAACAGUCGGAAGAAAACUCAUAAUAUCUUGGCAGCUGCUGGGAGGAGAGGGAUUGUCAAACUGAUUCAUGUGGCGGCUGACUUCUGCUACGGAGAGAUAAAGGCUCAUAAAAAGCCCAUUGCUACUAUCUGUUUCAGCCCAACUCACGAAACUCACCUCUUCACUGCAUCCUAUGACAAGCGAAUUGCACUCUGGGAUAUUGGGAUUCCAGACUGUGACUACAAUUUCAAAGCAAGCCAGCUGCUGGUGCUGGAAGCCCUCUCUAUUCCCUUACGGAUUGCCCUGGUCCCCACCUGCCCUGAUCAGUACCUGCUGGCUGGCUGUGAAGAAGGCUGCUUUACCUGGAAUAUAAAACUGGAUAAAGAGCAGAAAAGCAGGCCUUUUGAAGCCAUAUUUCAAUUUCCUGAUGAUGAGGGGGACAUGACAACUUCUCACAGGGUUGACGGUUUGGCAUUUUUGAAUGAUGAUGUUGUAGUUUCGAAGAGCUCUAAACCAGGUUGCAUAUACGUAUGGAGCUGGAGUCGGUCUUUUGAUGGAAAGGGGAAAGCCUGUCAGCGAACUCUAUCGGCAGUUAUUCUAGCUGAGCUUGAGUGGUCCACAACUGACAUGUCUUACCUCACGCUCAGCACAUGCCCAGCAAAAGAAUAUGUGUUCUGUGGUGAUGAGAAGGGAAGUGUGUGGAUGUACAACCUCUCAAACUACACCACAGCAUGGAGUACUGCAAAAGGAAAACGCUCAGAUAAGAGAAUCCUUCCCACACAGAUUCUCAAAUGGCCAGAGCUUCGAGCAAAUGGGGAGCAGCUGACUGAAGUCCUAAUAAACAAUGUGAUAACAGACCCCACCUUCACUUACCUUGUUGCUCUAACUAGUGUGAACAUAACAGCCAUUUGGAAGAAGUCAUAGUUACUUGUAAUGGAAAGUUUCAUUCCCGUGCUUUGAAAUAGUGCAGUAUUAGUGACUGUUACCCAUGUAACCAUAUUUUCUAGACCAGCUAUUAUCAUGCAAGAGAAAAAGGGAAGAGUUUGUUACAACUCCUCAAGUCAUUGUAAACAUCCAGUUUCUUUUACUGUAAGUUUUCACAAUUUGUGCAUUUGUUUUAUAGAACUGACACUUAAUAAAACAAAAUACCAGUUCA